AUGGGAUCUCUGAAUGGCAUGACAAACGGGUCCUCUCAACAUGGGCUACGCAACUUUGUUGACGUGAUUGAUGAACUCGCACUGAAUGAACCCAAUCGAACGAUCGUCUCUAUUCCCCGCUCUUCAAACGCUAAAGACGGAUGGAAAGACUUAGGUGCUUCUGAAUAUGCCAACGCUAUUAAUCGCCUAGCCCAUUGGAUAGUCGACCAGUUCGGCCGCGCUAAAGAAAAUGACUACCCCACUGUUGCGUAUAUUGGUCCUAAUGAUGUUCGCUACCUCAUCGUACUGGUAGCCACAAUUAAAGCCGGAUACAAGGCUCUUUUCAUCUCUCCGCGAAACAAUAUCGAGAGUCAGAUGUCCUUGUUCGAAGCCACGGACUGUCAAUUUAUUCUCCACACGGAGGAAUAUGAUGAAGCCAUCAAACCAUGGCUGGGAGCUCGUCCGAUGAAAUCUAGUGCAAUCGGCGCGAUCAGCGAUAUGCUCAAUGUGGAAACUGUUCCAUCCUUCCCUUACCACAAAUCCUUUGAGGAUAUUCGCGACAAGCCGGCUUUCAUUCUUCACACCAGUGGUAGUACUGGAAUUCCCAAGCCGAUUAUUUGUCGCCAUGGAGUCCUCUCUUUGGCUGAUGCAUACCGCAACAGACCCGACUUUGCAGGAUAUCGUCAUAUCAUAAAGGCUUUCUCGCAGAUGGCAACCAAAAUUCUGUGUCCAAUGCCUUUGUUUCAUGCCCUUGGUAUCUAUAUCUACAUUAGUACUACUAUUUUCUUUGGCACGCCUCUGGUACUUCCAAUUCCGGACCAAGCAGUGACACCAGAUGCUAUCUGUUCUUUUAUCAAACACUCUGGAGCUGAUGCGGCCAUUGUCCCACCAUCUAUCCUAGCAGACAUGAGCUAUGAGACGGAAGACAUCGAAUUCCUGAAGAAGCUUUCAUUCGUGUCUACUGGUGGAGGUGGUCUAGACACCGAGGCUGGUGAUCGGCUUGUUGAGGCGGGUGUUACCCUCGCUAACAUUAUUUCAACCACAGAAUCCGGGCUCUAUCCCGUUUACUUCCAAUCGAACACGAAGUUGUGGAACUAUUUCGUUUACGACGAUGAAACCUUUGGCGCCGAGUACCGUCCGUACGGCGAAAACACGUUCGAACAAGUGAUUAUUCGUCGUGACAAAAAUCCUGGCAUGCAAGGCAUCUUUUGCACUUUCCCCGAGCUUAAUGAAUAUUACACCAAGGAUCUUUAUCGACCCCAUCCUACAAUUCCUCAUCUUUGGCGCCACUCCGGACGCGCAGAUGAUGUAAUCGUGUUUUCCAAUGGUGAAAAACUGAACCCGGUCUCAAUAGAGUCUGCGGUCAGUACUCAUCACGAUCUCCAAAGAGCCAUUGUGGUCGGCCAAGGAAAGUUCCAAGCUGGUAUUUUCCUCGAACCCCUGAAAUUUCCUAAAGACAAUGCGGCUGCACUCGAGCUUAUCGAGAGUGUCUGGCCUAUGAUUGAUCAGGCUAAUCAGCAGACCGUUGCGCAUGGACGAAUUGCGCGUCACUUGGUCAGGAUCUCUGAUCCUACUAAGCCCAUCCCGGCUUCUGCUAAGGGAUCCCUUCAACGGGUUGCAUUUUUGACAACCUACAAAGAUGAAAUCGAGUCCCUUUAUAGCGAGAGCAAUUCUGAAACAAUAGAAUUGUCUCUUGAGAAUGAAGGCGCUCUUAUGAAAUCUCUUCACGAAAUCAUCGAAACCUCUCUGGGAGUGAAGGUCAUCGAGCCCGAUACAGACUUCUUUGCCACUGGUAUUGACUCGCUUGGAAUUAUCAACCUUGGCAAACUCAUUACAGCUGGUCUGCAAAGUGCUGGUGUGCCCAAAGACCGCUCUACAGUAACAGUUCGAGCAAUCUACGGCAACCCAUCCCUUCAAAAGCUGUCUCAAUAUGUCUUCGCCCGAGCCUUCCUAGACUCCAAUACCAACGGAGUAGAUGAGGUAGAGGUCGCAAAGAAGGUUCUGGAAAGGUUUAGCAUUGCGCCCAUCAAUGAAACCAUUUCCAACAAGCCCUUGCCUAGCGACACAAACCAGACUAUCAUUCUUACCGGUUCCACUGGUAGUCUCGGUUCUUAUCUCUUGGACCUCUUGGAAGGUAGUGACUCCGUUUCAAAGGUCAUUUGUCUCAAUCGAGGUGCCGAUGGUGGCAGACAGAGACAAAUACAAGGUAACGCAGAGCGUGGUCUCCGAACAGACUUUCCAAAGACAGAAUUCCUCGAGGCAGAUUUGUCGAAAGACAACCUUGGACUUAGCCCUGCUCUCUAUCAAAGUCUUCUUUCUUCAACGGAUCGCAUCAUACAUAACGCCUGGCCAGUCAACUUCAACCUAUCAGUUGAGUCUUUUGCACCCAGCAUCCAUGGUGUUCGAAGUCUAGCAGAAUUCUCCUUCCGAACUAUCAAACACGUGCCCAUUAUUUUCUUGUCAUCCAUCGGCUCAGUCGAUCGCUGGGCAGGGCCAGACCUAGUCCCCGAGAUCCUUCAGACGGAUCUGAGUCUCGCUUCGACAGGAUAUGGCCAAUCAAAAUUCAUCGGUGAUCUAAUUCUACAACAAGCAUACGAGAAACUCAACGUUCCGAGCGCAGUGAUCCGGGUCGGCCAAAUCUCCGGCCCACGAAGCGAAAAGGGAGCAUGGAAUAAACAAGAAUGGCUCCCGACUAUUAUCUCUUCAUCGGUGGCUCUUGGAAAGCUUCCAACUGAUCUUGGUGCAAAUGACACAGUCGAUUGGGUUCCGGUAGAGGAUGUUGCCAAGUCCGUUCUGGAAAUUUCGGGAGUUCUAUCCAAACAUUUGCUCUCUGAGAUCUCCGGACACUUCCAUAUUGUCAAUCCUGCUAUUACAAAUUGGAAGCAUCUUGCUGGAGCUGUGAAGGAAUUCUAUGAGCAACAAGGUCGUGAGAUUGAGCUUGUGGAUAUGGCAACUUGGGUCAAGGCUGUUGGGGCUAGUUCUGGUGAUGGAACUGAGAUCCCAGCUGUGAAGCUUUUGGAUACCUAUAACGCGCUCGUGGCUGGCGAGUCUCACUUUUCAGGGUUCUCCACAACGAAGACUAGAGGAGUGAGCACGACAUUGGAUCAAAUGACUCCGGUUGAUUCCGAUCUGAUGAAGCUGUGGUGUCGACAGUGGGCUUUCUAA